AUCAACAAAGGAAGCCUUCUGCCCCUUUCUUGGUUAUUUACAAGUCUUUAACUAUUUAUUUUAGGUGGUUGUGUCUGCGGCAGUUCUAAUUUGAUGGUUGGCCGUAACUAAAAUCCCAACAAGAAUCCGAAUGCGGUCGUUUUUUUCGUUGAUUCCAUUUCCUUGUUUUAUCAGUUUUACACCGCAUUUUUCUUCCAUUGUCCCCUGUUGCAUGCCCCAUGCAUGCUUUGACAGGUCAAAGUCUAAUAAAAUAAUAGAAAAAAACCCAACCCCAAAGACAAGUUACAAGGUGGUCAACUCACGCCACGCGCACACACUCACACCUCAGCCGGGCGUAUGUAAUUUACAUACACACACGUUGCUCUCAUCCCCUCUCAGAUUCUAUUUAAACCCUUUUGCUUCAUUGCCAUUGAGUUUCCAAUGCCCCCACUUUAUUGCUUUUAAUAGAGAAAAGUCGAAAUUUUGGACUUUGUUUUGUGUUUGUGUCAACUAUAUAUUUUGGGGUUUAAGCCGUGAACUUGAAGCCAGCCAGCUCUAUCUUGGUUUUCAUAGCUUCAUUUCCAUUCAUAGAAUGAAUAAAAACGAUCAAUAUGAGAGGGUAUUUAAUCACUUUGAUGAAAAUGGAGAUGGGAAGAUAUCACCGGCGGAGCUCCAACAGUGUGUGAAGGCGGUAGGAGGGGAGCUGUCCCUAGUAGAGGCGGAGGUGGCGGUGGAGGCCUUGGAUACGGAUGGGGAUGGAUUGUUGGGGUUGGAAGACUUCAUUAGGUUUGUGGAAGAAGUUGGGGAGGAAGAGAAAGUGAAUGAUUUGAAAGAGGCUUUCAAGAUGUAUGAGAUGGAGGGUUGUGGGUGUAUUACACCAAAGAGUUUGAAGAGGAUGCUUAGUAGAUUAGGUGAGUCUAGGAGUAUAGAGGAAUGUAAAUUGAUGAUUGAUCAGUUUGAUCUUAAUGGUGAUGGAGUCCUCAAUUUUGAUGAAUUUAGAGUCAUGAUGCUGUGAUGUAUAUUUCUUCUUCUUCUUCUUCUUCUCUUCCCUUUCUUUUUUCUUUCUUGAUACUUGAUAGUGAUUCAGAUUUAUUUGCAUUAAUUAUUAAU